CCUGGCUGGAGGGUUUAAAGAGCGCCUCUGGAGGGACCACUCAGCUGGAACGACCGAUCGGUGCCAGGCCAGGUGUACGCGUCCGUCGGUCCUUCCGUGCCCGUGCCGGAGACCAGUCCCGGAGGCCGCCCGGGCCCGUCCCUGCGCCCGGCACCAUGAAGCAGGAGUCCGCAUCCCAGAGCACUCCGCCUCCUUCACUGUCCCCUGCACCAUCCGCGCAGCCUUCCUGGGAGGAUGGCGACCCCCAAGCCCUGUGGAUUUUCGGGUACGGCUCCCUAGUGUGGAAGCCGGACUUUGCCUAUAGUGACAGCCGUGUGGGCUUCGUACGUGGCUAUAGCCGACGGUUCUGGCAGGGAGACACCUUCCACAGGGGCAGCGACAAGAUGCCUGGCCGAGUGGUGACCCUCCUUGAAGACCAUGAGGGCUGCACUUGGGGUGUGGCAUACCAAGUUCGAGGGGAACAGGUGAGCGAGGCCCUGAAGUACCUGAAUGUGAGGGAAGCCGUGCUUGGUGGCUAUGACACUAAGGAAGUCACCUUUUAUCCUCAAGACACCCCCGACCAACCCCUCACAGCACUGGCCUAUGUGGCCACCCCACAGAACCCUGGCUACCUGGGCCCUGCUCCUGAAGAGGUCAUUGCCACACAGAUCCUUGCUUGCCGGGGCUUCUCUGGUCACAACCUGGAGUACUUAUUGCGUUUGGCAGACUUUAUGCAGCUCUGUGGGCCUCAGGCACAAGAUGAGCACCUGGAAGCCAUCGUGGACGCUGUAGGAACCCUGCUACCCUGCUCUUACCUCCCUGAGCAGCCUCUGGCACUGAUCUGAGGAGCCGAGCUCCUGCAAGGAGUAUCCGAGUGGGUACUGGCGGACACCAGCAUGCAGUACUUGAGAUAGACUUGAUGGAGCAAGAGAACGUUGAGAAGGCGUGAUGGGUGGCUGGGGGCUUUAUGUCUUAUGCCCCCACCUGUCUGCUAGCCUCCAGCUCUUCCUUCAUUGACCCUGACUUAUUACUUGAAACUUUAUUUAUUGCACCAUGUUGGUGUGGUGGGCAGGGCAGGUGGGGGACCUGCCCUGGAUGUGGGCCCUGCUGUGCGGUGGCUCUGACCUAGUCCUCUGGUACGUAACCAGAAUCCCCCCACUGCUGCUGCUAAUUCCACACCACCCAGGUCUCCAUAGCUCCAGGGAUCCUCGGAGAUCCUUGCUCCUCUGUCCACCCAGACUACCCCAACCGUGGUAAUAUCACCUGCCCGUGUGCUCGGCCUUCUGGAUGAGGGACAGUAGCUCUUCAAGGGCCAAGGUCCAGCAUCCCUCUUCAUUGACGGGGCCGGGGCAGAGCCGAAUCCUAUGCACAGACACAGCUCCUGGGACUGGGCCUCUCCCCCUUCCCUGUUUUUUCAUUUUCUUAUCCUUCUGUCUGGCUGCUUGUUUGUCUAUACAUCCAUUGGUCUGUUCCUGGAAAACAUCACUAUACUCCUUGUCCAUUCUCAUUGACCCACACUGUUACCCAUAAACUAUCUUUAAUUACCUCUGCCAGAA